CAGGGAAGGAGAAUGCGACUGUGUCAGAUGUUUAGCUGGGAGGAAGGAGAGGAGUGCCACGUAAAUGUUUAUGGCAGAUACCAAGAAAUUUCUUUCUGGCCUGCUGUAUUUAGAGCAAAAUGGCAGUGAAGGUGCAUAGUGUUAUAUCAGCAUGGAAGUCCUUUGAAUUGGCUAAUGUGCAGAGAGAACUUGAUGAAACUGCUUCAGAGCUUGCAACUCGUCAAGAUGAAUCUGAAGAAUCUCGUAAGAAAUUGGUUGAUUUGUCAAGAGAAUUUAAGAAAAAUACUCCAGAAGAUGUUCGUAAACAAGUGGCUCCUUUACUAAAAAGUUUUCAAACUGAAAUAGAUAAUCUGAACAAGAGGAGUAAAUUUGUAGAAACAGCAUUUUUAAAUGUAUAUAAAAAAGUGAUUGACAUUGCAGACCCACUUUCUACCCUAGAAUACUGUGCUGGUCUUGAAAAGAAAAUAGGACGUUUGGCAGAUUUGGAAAUUGAAAAUAAGAACCUCAGAGAAACUUUACGAGAAUACAAUGAAGAAUUCAAAGACGUUAGGAACCAAGAUGUAACCAUAAAGGCCUUAAAAGAGAAAAUUAAGAAUUAUGAAGACUUAAUGGAUGAUACUGUGCAAAAGAAAACAAAGGAAUUAGAAAGGGAAUUGUCUCGUCAGUAUGCAGAGAAAGAGAGGUUGCUUCAUGAAACACAGGAAUCUGUAAUGAGAAGGUUACAGGAAGCAGAAACAAGAGCUCAGUCAUUGCAGUCUACCUUAGAUCAAACACAGUCAGAAUUAUUUGAAUUAAAAAGUAAAUCCGAAGAAUCAAAUUUUGCAAAGUCAGAUGAAACUGACAUUUUGAUGAAUGACCUUGAACGUGCUAAUCAGAGAGCUAUCACAGCUGAGAGAGAGUCAGCACGGCUAAUGGAGCAAGUUAGGGUAUUGCUCCUUGCUCACAACUCACAAAUGGAUAAUAUGUCUAGCUCUGUGUCAUCUGCAAAUGAAAUUGAGUCAACAUCUGACAGUUUGGCCAGAUCUUCUUUAGAAAUUGAACUUGCCUCAAAGGACAAAGAAAUCUCCCAACUUGUAGAAGACAUUAAACAACUGCAGCUUUCCUUGGACAACUUAAGAGAAAUAUCUUCCAAUCAAAUUCAUGAUCUUGAAAUGAAAGUGGAGCAGGACAUAGAAACCAUUGCAAGGGUAGAAGCCAAAAUAGCUAAACAAAAAGAUUAUGAUGAGAUCAAGAGAGAGCUAAGUAUCAUGAAAUCUGUUGAGUUUGGUGUAUCAUCAUCUAAUAUUAGAGAAGAUAAUAGCCAAGAGUCAAUAACACCCUCAAAGCCAUUAGAAAUCCUCCUCCUGGAAAAAACAAAAUCUUUGCAAAAUGAGAACACGGCUCUAAAGCAAGCAAAUACUAACCUAACAGCAAAAGUUUUAGAAGAUGAACAAGAACUUUCAAAUCUACGCUCACUUGUAACAGAGCAGAAAGGACUAAUUGUUCAUUUAGAGUCAGAUUUAUCUUCAGUGCAGUCACUCUCAACACUUUACCGUGGAGAAGGUGAAGGCUCUUCUAUGCCAGAGAUUGUGGCUGAGGCUGUGAGAGCAUCCACUAGCAGUACUCCUCCUCUAAUAUUCAAUUCUUCAAAUACAAAUCCACCAACUCCUACAUUAGGGGGUAUUCCACCAGACUUCACAUCUGCUGCUGAAUCCCUCUUGCCCAUUAUAUCUGCCCAGAGAGAGCGUUUUCGCCAGCGCAAUGAAGAAUUGGAAGUGGAACUCAUGGGCAAGGCACAGCAAGUAGUAGUCCUUCAAAAUGAACUGGAUACUGUAAGAGCAGAUAAUCUCAAAUUAUAUGAAAAAAUAAGAUUUCUUCAAUCCUACCAGGGCAGGCAAGUAAAGGAAGACACUGCAGCAGAGUCUCGCUAUAGUAGCCAAUAUGAGGAAGCCUUGGAUCCUUUCUCUUCAUUUUCUCGCAAAGAAAAGCAGCGCCGCUAUGCAGCUCUUAGUCCAUUUGAAAAAAUUACACUUUCUAUGGGGCGUUUCAUAUUGAGCAAUAAAACGGCACGAACAGUAACUUUUAUGUACACUGCAUUAGUACAUUGUCUAAUUUUUCUAGUUUUAUACAAACUAGCCCAUACUGAAUCUUGUAAGAGAGACUUUGCUUCUGAGUGUGCACAAAAGUUUGAAGAACACAUGCACCAAGUUCAUGGUGACACUAGUUUUCAUCAUUUACAACAGUAACAGUGGUUUUUAAAGGAAGCACCUAUGAGAUUGUAUUAUUUAAAGUGCAAGUGGCAGUACAGUAUAUAUAAAUAAUAACAUAUAUAUAUAUAUAUAUAUAUAUAUAUAUAUAUAUAUAUAUAUAUAUAUAUAAAAUACAUAAUACAGUACAGUACAGCAUAAAUUGUAUUUAUACAUAUAUUCUUCCCCAGCUUUGUUGGGAGCAUAACUUUUGUAACAAAAGAGAGAGGUGUGUUAAAUAAUGUACAGUAUAUGAAUAGGACCCAUACUGAGCAAUAUUGAAUUUAAGCAGCUAUGUUCAUGUUGGCGUCACUUGACUUAUAAUAUUAAAAAUAAAUAUGGUCUAUUAAUGGCAUGGUUAACAGUUUAACCCUUAGACAGUGGUUAAGGGUUAAUUGUCAAUUGUUGAUUCACAGGGUAAUGUGGUUAUCAUAGGAAGAUUUAACAAAUUAUUGUCUGGGUUUUACAUGUAUGAUGCAAAUAAGGAUAUAAUAGGUCUACGUUGAUAUAAUGGAGUUUACUUUGAACCAUGAAAAAAUCCUACCAUUUCAUGGUACAAAUUCAGUUAUCGUCAUCAAUGUUGCUAGGGGAAUGCGGUCAUCAUCAUAUGAUGAUUUAAACAAUUAUUAUCUGGGUUUUACAUGUAUGAUGCAAAUAUGGAUAUGAACGCUCUCCGUGGAUGUAGAUAUAGAGAAACGGGUGAUAAAACAAUCGGAGAAACAUCGGAGGAUAAAACAGGAGGCGUCAGCAUAGGUGAGCAUCAGGCAUUGACAAGUGCGAGAGCGUUGCCUUGCAGAGUGCCUCCACCCAAUGGAACUAUAAUUAUUCACUUAUUUUUGUGUUUUUCUUACAUUCUGCAUACAAUAAUGAAUGAAUGAAUUUUUCUCUAAUGAAAAAUUAUUUGUUGGAAUUGUUUUAUUUUUGUGUGCAUAGGUUGGUAUGACUAAUUCUCCAUAGCUGCUGUCUAAGGGUUAAGUGUACUUUUGGCUUUGGUUAUUAUGCUUUAAGGUUGUUUAUCCAGCUCACAAGAGGUGCUUGUGUAACCACAUGCAAUAUAUUUUAUACAGUACUUGAUAUUUGUGAAUAUUUACUUACGUGUAUACCAACUAGUACAACUACAGUAUAGUACAUACAUUAAAAUUAAA